AUCGCAGAAAGCAAAAGCCUCACGACUAGGAAGGGGAUAGAGAGAGAAACCAGAGAGAAGCCAUCGCCGGCGCUUUCGACCGGCACAGAAGAAAAUUGCAAGUGCCAGUGUACAAACGGAGUGUGGGGUUGGGAAUGGGAGAGAGCGGCAGGGGUCCGGUGAUGGCGCCGCUGAAUGUGGAGAGGGGGGAUCAGGAGAGAUGGAGACACUUCGACAGCUCGGUUAACGCCGUCUCAUUCGGUUUUGUCGCGACCGCCAUUCUCAUCUCCAUGUUCCUCAUAAUGGCCAUCUUCGAGCGCUUCCUCCGCCCCCAAUCUUCGUUUUUUGCCUCCAUCACUGAAGGUGGUGGUGGCGGCGAUGGGAGCCGGAGACGGAGAGGAACAGCUGAUCUUGAGGCCCAGAACCGGGAUGACGUCGGUAAGCUUGAGUACCCCUCUCCUAAGAUGUCAAUUUAUGCUAAAGGCGUUUCUGUUUUGAUGCCUGGCCAUGACGUUCCCACCUUCAUAGCUCACCCGGUUCCUCCCCCUUGCCCACCUGAGGGAAUAGCUUGGCCAUCUCACAAACAGAUCCCACUCAAUGCCUGCUCUUGGGCAAAUUAUUAGGCGCAAACACCGGAUGGAGAGAAUCAUCUGGAUUUCUCUCUGUCUAUAGUAAAAGCGCCGUCAAAGCAUAGCUGCUAUAGUAAAUGUGCUUUGACUGCAUUUUUACUGUAGACAGAGAGAAAUCCGAAUAAUUCUCUCUAUCAUGUGUCUGAACCUAAUAAUUUCUCCUGCUCUUGUGGUUCAAGCUGAAGUCCUGCUCGAAAUUUUUCUGGAUGACGAUGAAAACAAAGGUGCUGCUUUACCUGUGAUUGCCUUGGGUUUUUUGUAUAGCUAUCUAAUUAGAUUCUCCUUUCUUAUUGAGAAGUUCGUUCUGCUGCCCCUGCCACUUCAGAGUAGCGUUCAGUGUGGUGGCUUUGUUGAACAGUUAUUUAGUAUCAAUAGUUAGUCACAUUAAGGUUUCGAUUGGGACGGUUUUUUUGUUGCUUCUUAAAGCACCUUUUUAGUAUAAAAAUUAAAAAUUUAUAAAAAACCGUCCCAAACGAAGCCUAAGAGUUAAUAGGAUCUUUCUUUGACUCCUUUGUUUUGAGAACUAUUGUAAAUGAUCACUCUGCAUUGUUCUGAGAAGGGUUCGUGCAUCAUCCAUUUUAAGGGGAGAUUGUCAGUUGUUCUGUAGUUCUGUGAACUGAUUUUGUAUUAAUCCAUUGCUCAUUGUUAUUAUUAUUAUUGUUA